UCGGAGCUACGUCGAUGCCCAAAUAAUAUUCAAACGUAACUUUAAAGAUAUGACUGCACGUACCUCUCUGGAUAUGUGGAAGAGCAGAAAUCAAAUAAUUCGGCUGUACGACGUACUAUUGGAUGCGUGUCUCUUCCUCGAUGUGUCCCAUAAUAAUCGAUUGUUUAACGUCUUUGCCAAGGCACAAAGAAAAUAUUCAAACCUGAGUUGCCCCGUCAAAGCGAAUUUAAUCUACGCGUUUAACCAAUUUUAUAUUGAUGAACAGCAGUUGCCCUCCUUUAUACCGCUGGGCGGCUUUCGGUCCCUGAUCGAAUACUCAAGCAAACAUAAAUUGACUGCGCGUAUCAUAACCCGCGGUAAAAUUGUACCCAGACCUUGA